UCUUUGCCAUAGUUAAAGAGGAAUUGCUUUGUUAGUUUGGGAAAAGCCUCGGGGAGAUAAACUUUGUUUUUUCCCCUUCCGGCCAAUUUGGAAGCAGGUUUUAAAUGAAGGGCUUUUGCUGGUUCGAGAGCUUUCCCCGGCGCUGCAGUGCUGGAAUGAGCGCAUUUCUAAAGUUGGGAAGUAAAGGAAGAGGGAGACAAUGCUGAGACCGCUUAUGAAUCCUCGUACAGCAAGAGAACGUCAACCUUGGUUUCUUUAUGGCUUGCUUGCAUUAUGGGAUCUCGGGCUCUUCGCCUUUGCGCAAUAGGUGGAACCAUCAGCCAAGCAGCUGGUUUAUUGCAUCGAUAUUUCAAGUGCAGGAAAUGCGCCUGAUGUACCCCAAAUGACUAAUCUCAAUAAAUUAAUUUUUGGCUUUCGACACCUUCCGCAUCUCAAGUUUGUAUGCAUAGGUGUUGCCUGCAUGAUGCAUUAAAACAACGGAGGCUGACAAGCGUUUCCUCUUGUGCUUCCAUGCUGUGGAACAGAAGGAAAAUAAGAGUGCAUGAAGGUGCAUCCAGUUGCUUUGGAAGCAUUUAAAAAGAAUGAAAUGAAGGAAGUCCUCCUUCUAAUUUCUGCUCUGCCAGUAUUCUAAUUCGCUUAAAGGGCUACAAUUCUUUGGAGGCAAUUUGGCUUUUUAAAUUUCCUCUUUUUAAAAUUGCAUUGAGUCAUACAGUUUGGCCACUAGCCCAGCUCUUAAGUAAAUAAGGUAGAUUUUUUCCAUUAAGACUGGAAGGUGGGGAGAGCUGCUUGUGAGAUGAACUCUUCCUUGGUUUUUGCUGUUUACAUGAACUAUUAAAGUCCUGCAGAUGAGUGAUUUUGAUUCACUACUAAUCUCUGCAAAGAGUUAAAAUUGUCUGCAAAGGAGCCGAGAAAAAAUAAUUUGUUUCUGCAGAAUGUGAUAAUUAUGACUGAUCUAAAACUAAUCCUAUAUUAGGCAGCCUGCAGCAUGCAAACACUUUUACUUUGGAAGUUAAGGAUAAGGUUCAGAAUAUAAAACUUGCAACAACAAAAAUGAAUGGGAUUUCAUAUCUUGCUUUUCUAAUAGUUUAUAGCAAAAUUUCGGCUCUGAAUAUAUUGCAAUAAACCUUAGAACAUACUAUUGACUACUGAAUCUCUAUUCUGGAACAGUUAUUGUUGGUUCACUGCCACAAAUAAUGUGUAAGAAUUUUCUUGCAAAUGAAUGGGGCUAGUGAGCAUCAAGAAACUCAUAGCAUUGCUGUAUAAUAUUUCUUAAAUAUGGUUAAUAACUUAGUUCACAUAAUUCAUGUCUGGGGGAAUGAAGAUGUGCAUUAGUUAUUACUAGCUGUAGUUAGUAAAUUUCCAAAUCGAUCUGGGAAACCAAUGCUAUAACCAAGCUCUGCUAAUGUUAAUGCAAGCUGAAUUCCAUCUACAGUUAUUGGCUACAUAUUUAAACUAUAUGGCACUUUUGGUAAAAGGACAUUUGAACUUAUUUAUAUUUCCCCCCCUUAAUUUUAGCCUAAAAGAUUGGAAAGCAAGAUUGAAUUACUUUCUGCAGAAUUCCUCCAAUUCUACCAGUGCAAAGGCGAACAAGAAAGGACAACAGAAGACAUGUUUUAGGCCUUCUCCUGAAGAAGCUCAGCUGUGGUCAGAAACAUUUGAUGAACUUCUAGCUAGCAGAUAUGGUCUGGCAGCUUUCAGAGCUUUCCUGAAAUCCGAGUUUUGUGAAGAAAACAUUGACUUCUGGCUGGCCUGUGAGGAUUACAAGAAAAUCAAGUCCCCACAUAAACUGACAGCUAAAGCUAAGAAGAUUUACAGUGACUUCAUUGAAAAAGAAGCUCCUAAGGAGAUCAACAUAGACUUUCAGACCAAAAGCAGCAUUGCUCAGAGCAUCGGAGAAGCCACCCACACCUGCUUCAGUGCAGCCCAGAAGAGAGUUUAUAGUUUGAUGGAGAACAAUUCCUACCCUCGCUUCCUAGAAUCUGAGUUCUACCAGGGACUGUGCAGAAAGUCACCAAUCAGCAGAGACUCUCAGGAGACAUGAACUCACAAAGCAGGAAGGGGAAGAAAUAUCCAAAGAAUAAACUUGCCAAAUGAAGGAAAGAGGACCAUGUUUGUGUCUUUGCUGGCUCAGUGCGUCCGAUGAACUGAAUGCAGAGGAUCUCCUGCCCAAAUGGCAAUUUACAGUUACUCAGCUGGACGGAACUAUGGUUGACUUGGGCAGACUGGCAAGUUGCCCUGUUAAUGUGUAAAGGUAACCACACAAACUGCUGGCCAGUUACUAAGGAAAGCUGAUUUUCCUCCCCAUGUACGUUUCUGUAAUGUCUCGUGCAGCAUUGGACUGCUGUGGAUCACCCAGCUUUGUUCGUGAACCUGGAUAAUGCUGAUGCUCAUAAGAAAAACCCCCUGCCCUCUGUGUAUAUUUAAAUAAUUAACAAGCUCUAGGACUGUUCCGGCAGGCUGACCUUUUGUGAGACCUGACAAAUGCUUGGAAAAAAAUUGGCUUUUGUUUCUAAAUAGCCAGCAGUAUGUAAUUCUCGAUGUAUCAGCUUCCCUAUGCAGGUUGUUCCCUGAAGAUCAUUCAGCUUUGUGCAGAGGGAGCAGAUUGCCCCGUGACUGUUACAACAAAUACCAAUGUUGUGGUAUGAUUUCAUCGAGAUAAGAGCAAUUGCCUAAUUGAUUUAACGUGCAGAUCAUCAUGAGGAUCUGCUAAUUGGCUGGGGACGAAUUCAGUCUGGGCAUGCACCGUAUGGAGAAAAACCCUGGUCUAGAAUUCAAAUGAAUGCUGUGUAUGUGUUUGUGUUUAUAUAGAGAGAGUUUGUUGUACACUCCUGUCAAUGUUCAACGUGCUGACUUUAAGGAGAGGCUUCAGUGAAGUCAUCUUCUGUUUUGAGAAGCAGAUGUUUCAAUAAAUUAUUUUUAUUU